AUGAUGGAUUUUGUAACGUCAUGAGCUUUUUUUGGGCAUCAAUAAUUUUCCCAUUCAUAUAUCUGGAUAUAAAUAUUGAUAAUAGUUAUUUUAUUUAUGUAGUUUGUAGAAUUAAUUUAAAAUAUGAAAGAUAUAUGGUAGAAGAAAUUAGGAAAGUAUUGGAUCCAUUUGGCACAUAUACUGAUAAUAUGUUUGAUCCACUUGAUCCAUUUAAUCUACUUUCAGUUAUAUAUUUUCAUGAUGACAUUUAAUGAUAUUAUGAUAUUAAUGCUUCUUAUGAAAUAACUAUUAUAUUUUUAUAAUUAUUUUAAUUAUUUUCAAAUGUAAUCUUAUUAAAAUUAUUUAUAUAUGUGUUAUAUUUU